GUUUCAAUCCCACCCUCUGUGUUGAAAAAGAACCACAAAAAAAAGCUCCUCUCUGCGCGCUCGAGAUUCUUCUCUUUUUCGUCACUCUCUCCAUAGUCGUCUCUGCAGUCCAGCCAAAAGGGUUCUCAAAGGAAUACUAAUCACAUGGCGUAAUUGGGGCAGCAAAACCGGGAAAAGGGGUUACUUGUAUUGAUCUCCGCCGCCGCCGUCGCCGGAAAUCUACAGAGGGGAACUUGUCCGAUGUCAUCCGAUGAUCUGGCCGGUGGGUUUUCUCCGCCGCCAUUGCUGUCGCCGGAUGACUCGACUAGUAACUCCACCUCCGCCGCUCCUCUGUCGACUCGCAGCCCGCCUGCCGUGGAAACUGGGCUCGUACCCUCCCCGGCAUCGAAUAACAACAACCAAGUCAGGACUGCCCUCCUGGUUGGAAUAGGCAUAGGCGGAGUGUUUAUGCUAGUUUGCGUGGGCAUUAUCGUCUUUUGGUACAAGAGGAGAAAGAGGGCUCUUGGUUUGGAUGGUCGCAAUUAUGGGAAAGGCUCCAAAGCUCCAUCAAAGCCGUCUCUUCAAACUGGCAUUGUAUCAUCCCUCCAAUCCCAAUGGUCUCCGGCGGUUGAUGUUUCUAAUCAGCCGCGACCUUCCACUGGCAGCGUAUCGAAACCUACUUUCACUUAUGAAGAAUUAGAAAAGGCAACAGAUAACUUCUCCAAUACCAAUCUUCUUGGUCAGGGUGGUUUUGGAUAUGUUCAUAAAGGAGUGCUUGGUGAUGGGAGAGAGGUCGCGAUAAAGAAGCUAAAAGUUGGAGGUACACAGGGGGAACGCGAAUUUCAAGCAGAGGUGGAAAUUAUUAGCCGCGUUCAUCAUUUGCAUCUCGUUUCACUGGUGGGACACUGCAUUUCUGGGUCUCAGAGGUUGCUAGUGUAUGAGUAUGUUCCAAACAAAACUCUGGAGUUUCACUUGCAUGGCAAGGGGCUGCCUCCAAUGAGUUGGGAGAUAAGGAUGAGAAUUGCUUUAGGUUCUGCCAAAGGAUUGGCUUAUUUGCACGAAGAUUGUCAACCUAUGAUCAUUCAUCGAGAUAUAAAGGCCUCCAAUAUUCUGCUAGACAACAAUUUUCAGCCAAAGGUUGCAGAUUUUGGUCUCGCUAGGUUGAAUCCCGAUGCAGAUACUCAUGUCUCCACCAGAGUAAUGGGAACUUUUGGAUAUUUAGCUCCAGAGUAUGCUCUUACAGGGAAACUGACUGAAAAAUCGGACGUGUUCUCUUUUGGAGUCAUGCUUUUGGAGCUGAUAACUGGCCGACGACCACUUGAUAAAUCUCAAUACUACCUUGAUGAUAACAUUGUUGAUUGGGCAAGGCCCUUACUUUCACAAGCACUUGAUGAUGGAAACUUCGAUGCUCUAGCCGAUCCAAAGUUAAUGAACAAUUAUGAUUCCUCUGAGAUGAACCGAAUGAUCACUUGUGCUGCUGUUUGUGUGCGCCAUUUGUCACGAAGACGGCCGCGCAUGGGUCAGAUAGUUGAGGCCUUAGAAGGGAAGGUAGAAUUGGCCGAGUUAAACGGGGGAGUUAGACCGGGACACAGCUCGAUUCAAGAACCGUUUGGAAGCUCGGAUUAUGACACGGCACAAUACAAAGAGGACUUGGUGAAGUUCAGAAAGAUGGCAUUACAACAGCACGACUCCAGCGAAUGCAGCGGGCCCACCAGCGAGUUCGGCCCCCUGCCUUCUGGUUCGAGUAGUGAAGCUGGAAACCGACAGGUGCGUCCGGAAACCACCGUAACCAUAGAAAUUCAAUAGACUCUCGGCCUCAAAACGACGACUAACCUUCCAAUUCUUUUGGGUAGAAUAUCGAUCUUGAUGCCGCCAGUUCUGUUCAUAGUUUUGUUCUGGUUGCAUUGCAGGCAUUAUUAUUGUUCUUCUGCAAUUAUUUUUUAAUAUUUUUAUUGUUUGAACCUUCAAUUUGGAGCCAACCAUUACAAUGUAAGUACUUCAUUUUUAUAUGUGACAAAAAAAAUGCUUUCUUUUUAAGUCCUUGUUUGGAUCCAAUGGUUAUUAAGAGCUGUUGGAGGGUUUUCUGCUUUGUGUGGACUGUUUACCAAUGACUAAGAUUUUG